GCGACAGAGAUCAAAAGAAGGCUCGAGGGAAGUGAUUGAGGGCUGAUGUAGGGUGUCUAGAAAGACAACAGUGCAAGCUGUUUUUAGUGGUUUUCAGAAAGGACGGGUAGACCAAAGACCAAAAAUGCUUUGCCAUGUAACUCGACCGGAUUCGGUGGUUAUGGAGAUAGAAGUGGACGCGAAGGCAAACGGAGAGGACUGUCUGAAUAAGGUAUGUCGGAAGUUGGGAAUAAUAGAGGUGGAUUACUUCGGGCUGCAGUUUUCUGGCAGCAAAGGAGAAAACCUGUGGCUGAACCUGAGGAACAGAAUCUCGCAGCAGAUGGACAACCUCACGCCCUGCAGACUACGGCUGCGAGUGAAGUUUUUCGUGGAGCCUCAUCUUAUUCUGCAGGAGCAGACGAGACACCUGUUUUUUACGCACGUGAAAGAGGAUCUGCAUCGCGGACAUCUGCGGAUGUGCUCGGAACAAGCCGAAGAGCUCAGCGCCCUCCUCGCGCAGGCAGAGUUCGGUGACUAUAACCAGAACACGGCCAAGUACUGGUACACUGAACUGUGUGCCAUCGAGCCCAACCAAGCAACCAUCAACAGUAUCAUAUCCAAGCACAAGGCUCUGGAGGGUUUGAGUCAGGGCUCUGUUGAAUACCAGGCCCUGCAGCUGGUGUCCUUGCUGGAGCAUUACGGGGUGGAGUGGCACUGGGCGCGGGACGCGGAAGGACAGAGGUUGGCUAUUGGAGUGGGACCAGAGGGCAUCGCCAUUUGUCGAGAAGACUUCACCAUGGUUAACAGGAUAUCUUAUCCCAUAAUACAAAUUGCCACGCAAUCCGGAAAGAGUGUGUACUUAACCGUAACCAAGGAAACCAGUGAUAGUGUGGUCCUGCUGUUCAAGCUGAUCAGUAAUCGGGCAGCCAGUGGGCUGUACCGGUCCAUCACGGAGACUCACGCCUUCUACAGAUGUGAUACCGUGACAAACGCCGUCAUGAUGCAGUACAGCCGAGAUUUCAAGGGUCACCUGGCUUCGCUUUUCCUCAACGAGAACAUCAACAUGGGCAAGAAGUAUGUGUUUGACAUCCGGCGCACCUCCAAGGAAGUGUACGACUAUGCCAGGCGUGCGCUGUACAACGCAGGUAUCGUGGACAUGAUGUCGAGGCCGGGGGAGCACACCCCGUCGUCCCGUUCGCCUUCUCGCGACCAGGAGGGGGCGCUGGACUGCGGGGGCUGUCAGCAGAGUCGUUUGCUGCAAGAGAAACUUCAGAAACUGCGGGAGGCGCUGCUGUGCGUACUGUGCUGCGAGGAGGAGAUCGACGCUGCCUUCUGCCCCUGUGGACACAUGGUCUGCUGUCAGAACUGUGCUGCGCAGCUGCAGUCAUGUCCGGUGUGUCGCUCAGAGGUAGAACACAUCCAGCAUGUGUACUUACCCACAUGCACCAGUCUGCUCAACCUGACCAUCGCCGGGGGCAACAGCCCUGAACCCAUCCACAGAGGAAUGGCCACCCACACCUGCACUACUGAUGACUACUCCACCAGUGAGAAGAUCUACCAAAACUAAGCUGGCCUACCGGUCUUCCACAAGACUUUUAUUCCAUUUGACUUCAAGUCUCCUCGUAUUGGUUGGGUCACUCCUGACAAAUGUCGUUUUAAAACCAUUGAGACCCUGUUUGACGUUCAUUUAUCAUGUGGAUAUUUGUCUCUUAAAUUAAUUCUAUCAGUUGAUCUGAUAAACGUUUGUUUCUUCUUUUGAAAAGUUUUUUAUUGUUAUUGAUUGUUGUUCUCCGUAGCAUACAGUGAGUUCAGACAGUUAUAUUCGUCUCAUACCUCGCACAAAUGUGCCCUGUGAUGAGGAGCCGUUUUCCUAAUUUAACUGAAUUUUAUGUUGUGCUUUUAACAUGCAAUAUCCACUUUCAGUAUGUUCCCUUUGCAGUGAAUUUAAGUUUUAAGUUGUUUUGAGGUCUUCAUGGCGUCCAUGCCAAUGAAGAGGUCUUUAUGGCAAGGGGCACAAAACCCUGCAGCACUUUGAGUAGAGAGGACUUUGUCAAACUACUGAUCCUCCAUUCACAUGUAGAUUCACAGCAUCUAUAACCAACACUCCAAAUCCUAAACGGACGUUCCAUAAAUAUUCCAUGAAUCUAAGUUAGUGGAUUGUGUUGACCGAAGGUUUUUGCUUCUAAAGCUUUUAUAAUUUCACUAUUAUUCUCAACUAUCGAUUUGCUUUUGAAGGGUACUGAAUUUUCUGUCAGUGCAAUGCUAACCAUUUUAGGAGAUUUUGAACUUUAUUUUUUAAGAGGUUUUUUUGUUGUGUGGGAGGUAUGGGAAAGUUUUCUAUAGGAAAAUUAAAGUUAAAUAUGUUAUUGCCACUGUCACUUUACCGAGGAGUUUCCUAAGUGUAUUGUUGCCUUAAUGUAGCAGCGACACCGUGUGUUUGAUAUGCAUCCUUUCUUUGCACAGAUUAUUAUGGAAAGAUGAAGAGGAAUAUUUUCUUUACUGCUGACACAAUAUGGAAUGGUCACAGUGGGGGAUAUUUUUUCAAUUUGUAGGAUUUGUUUCUGUUUGUUUGAAGCAAAAACUAUGCUCUGUAAAUAGAGAAAUAACGUUUUAUAUUUCUUUGAACGAGAGGUAUUAAUAAAGCUGUUUUUUAACUUG